CCUCAAAUAAGCUAGAGACUUAGGGACCAGUAACCCUACAGAAUAUUUGUCAUAAAUUAAAAAAAUGAUAUUAUUAACUGCUGUGUUUCAAUACACAUUUUGUAAUGCUAUGAUUUAUCAUAAUUCAACGUUAACACAGGUAAAACCGCUGGGCAUUACAAGUUGUGAAUAAGCAGAUUGAAUAUUAAAAUAAGCUAUAGGGUAAAAUUAUCUGUAGUCCAUUGCCUGUUAAUUAUUACGUUUGUAUAUAAAUUUCCGUUGCCAUGGUUACCAGUUCAAUAACAAUUACUUCCGUCGGAAGUUUCUUUUUGACAAAUAAUUCAACCAAAAAGCAGUGAAUGUUGAGGUAAUCACCUCACAUUAUAUAAAUAAGGUAUAUAGGUAUGAAUAUAUAUGUAUAAUAAUAUACAUAAGAUAUAGUCUUGAUGAAAUGUAAAUUUACUAAUGGCAGAACUUCAUAUUAUUGGUCAAUUGGAAAGUGCUUCUGAUUUUAACGCCCCAAAUUCUUUGUUUUGCCGAUAUUCGUUCCAGACUGGCCCAAAUUGGACUCUUAUAUCUGGAUUUUCCGAAGGACAAACAGCAUCAGGUAAAGAAAACUUCAAAAAUAGUGUCGAAUGGGUCCAUCCCUUAGAUUUACAUUAUGUAUGUAAAGGCAUUCAAGGCUGGCCGAAGAUAAUUCUACAAGUGAGUUGUCUUGAUUCAAUUGGACGCUCGUGGGUAGUCGGCUACGGCUGCUGCGCUUUACCUUCUACUCCAGGAUACCAUACCAUUAAAGUUCCUUGUUGGGUUCCUGCUGCAACAACUGUGACUGAAAGAUUAAAACAGUAUUUCAUUGGUGGUGGUCAUGAAUUGACACAAACAGAUAUAAUUAACUUAGGAAGUGACAGGUUUGAUAGAUUUAUUGAAAUAAUAUUUAAUAAAAAAAAAAUAGAUACAAUUUUUUUUUGUCUUAACAGGUUCAAACUAAUUACACAAUCAAAAGGAGAAAUUAAAUUAAAUAUAUGCAUAGUUUUAAGAAAUUUAACUCAGUUUGGGGUAGAAUAUAAAUGA